UCGAUGAAUGAUGCAAAAAAUUUGAACCUCUAACUUGGAGAGAGGUUGGUAGUUGCAGCAAGCCACCAAUCCCUUGAACGUUUGCUGAGUUCUGAGUUUUCACUUUUCAGGUCUCACCUACCACACCCACUCUCACUCUCUCUUAAAUUCUCUCCCUCUCUCUAACCCCCUUCAUUACUACUUCUUUACCAUUCAAACGCCAUGGUUUUCACGCCAGAGGAUCAGAUUCUCGUGGGUUUGGCCGUUGCUGUUGUGGCCAUUGGUGUUGGUGCUUUCUACAUCUACUCAUCCAAGAAGCCCAAAGCUUGCUUGGACCCAGAGAAGUUCAAGGAGUUCAAGCUUGUCAAGCGUCUACAACUGAGCCAUAAUGUGGCAAAGUUCACAUUUGCGCUUCCAACACCGACUUCUGUUUUGGGUCUUCCAAUUGGGCAACACAUAAGUUGCAGGGGUAAGGAUAGCCAGGGUGAGGAGGUUAUCAAACCAUAUACCCCUACUACUUUGGAUUCAGAUGUUGGACAUUUUGAACUUGUUAUUAAGAUGUACCCACAAGGUAGGAUGUCACACCAUUUCCGUGAGAUGAAGGUUGGUGACUAUCUUGCUGUAAAAGGACCCAAGGGACGUUUCAAGUACCAACCUGGCGAAGUUAGGGCCUUUGGGAUGCUUGCUGGAGGAUCUGGAAUCACUCCAAUGUUCCAGGUUGCUAGGGCUAUUUUAGAAAACCCACAAGACAAGACUAAGGUUCACCUUAUCUACGCCAAUGUGACAUAUGAGGACAUUCUUUUAAAGGAUGAACUUGAUGGCCUUGUUGCUAACCAUCCAGGUCAGUUCAAGGUGUACUAUGUCUUAAAUCAGCCUCCUGAAUCAUGGAGCGGUGGUGUCGGAUUCGUCUCAAAAGAAAUGAUUCAAGCUCAUUGCCCUUCUCCAGCAACUGAUAUUAAGAUCUUAAGAUGUGGGCCACCACCAAUGAACAAGGCCAUGGCUGGUCACCUUGAGGCACUUGGAUAUGCUCCUGAGAUGCAGUUCCAGUUCUGAAUUGAUAGGCUUGAUUUUGGUGCUUUUAACACUUCAUUUUUAAUGGCUUUGGUUAUUCAAGAAACAGACAUCAAAAUUUUCCCUUGGCUACAUAAAGCAUGGUUCAACUGUGCUUAUAUUCUUCAUAGGCGUUAGAGUUAAAAUCUGCAAUCUGCAAUAAUUGCUUCUCAUUGUCAUAAUGAGAUUGAUACAUUGACAUGUGUUAGAAUUGCAAAUUGAGUUACACUAUUGUAUUCACUGAAAAAUUUUCAUUGCUCAUUACCUAA